AUGGUGGGAAUAUUCCCUGUGGUGAAUCCCUAUGCAAAGCCCAGGCCAUUCGCUGCUCAUAAUGGAGCCAUGGGGCGACAGAGUCAACAGCGAAAUUCGCAGAAAAAAAGAGCCCAUCAUCUAGCUGCACGAAACAAUCCCAAGAAGAAGAAGAAGCGAAAGCCAAAGAAAGGUGACCAGAUAACUCUCUUUCGAGAAGCGGCAUUUGAUGCACUGCGAGAUUGUGUUGUUUGCAGGGCUCGUGAAUUGAAGAAGUUUCUGCCAGGCACUCGAAUUCCCAAAAGAGUACACCACGAACUCUGUAUUUUGAACACCAAGACAAAAGGGAAGGGCAAUUUGUCAGAAGAGACGAGUGCUGCUGUGCAGGAAGAGAAGAGACUUGAAAAACUGUACAAUACGCCUCUCACUGAGGAAGAGAGGGGGAGUUGGAGGCACUCAACCAAGGAAAACGGUGAGGCAUUCUUCGCUCCCAAGCAAGCAGCAACCAAUUCACAGCCAACAAUGCCGACCACUACUGCCACAGCAGUGGAAAUGACAGAUUCGGUUGAAGAAACAGAAGCUGAAGUGACACCCAAUCUGCUGUGCGAACAGGUGACAAAAUUGGUUAGCGACGUGGAUUUUAAGGAAAAGCACAACAACAAAAACGCUCCAAUUGCAGUCAUUGCUUUGGCUGAGGUGAUUAUCCCUCUUAUCAACAAAGACGCUUCUGUGUUUGAGACUUUCUUCAAUGGCAUAACAAUGGUGGUCCCUAGUUGCAAAGACAAUAUUCAGCCCUUCUACCAUUCCAUCGUUGGCUCCAAAUUCCUGCUUGUCGAUUGGUCCAGGAUGGGUUGCUGCGUACCAUGUCCCAACUCACCUUGUAAUGGCUUCAUGAAGAAUACCAGAACCAAUUACAGCAAGAACAAAACGUUGUUCCCAAUCUUCAACUUGGACACGGCUCCAAGCUGGUGCAUUGUGCAAUCGAUGAUCAAUACCCCGUUGAGACAAGAUAUGCACUCACAAACAAGAACAGUCACAUCUCGCGAUCAGCUACCGACCUAUUUGAAAUUCUGA